CAUUCGCCACUGACUAGUGCACUGUAAGAUGAUGCAGUUCAACGUUCAAGAGGUGGUUUUGUUCUAGACGCCCGUAAUAGGUUGACCUAAAGAGAGUGACGUCGAGUGACUGUGCAUACGCUCCAGCCUGCAAAUGCUGGAAUGGCCGACGUCGACAAGCGGGCCUCUCUCUCUGCCCGCCUUACCUCUCUCUUCUCCGCAGAUCCAUACCCAUCCAGAAAUAACGACCCAAACCACCCUGCAUCCGAACCUUCGUCGCGCCGACGAUCUUUGGAAGCAUCGCUUCCAGACAGCAUGAGGAUUGCACGCACUCGGCCACCUUCGCCGAGAUAUUCACAUCUAAAUAACCAGUCAAGAGCUACUCAUACCCCAAAAGCUUUCAGUAUGAACUUGAGUCUGCCUUCGAGCAGUAAAGGUCAUAGCACCAGUGCUGCGGGGAAGACUGCACAACGUGACAAACUGAAACCGCAUCCGACCUUACCUGCCAUUCGAUGGCUUGCAGGGCAAAAUUCUGGAAUAGAAGUUCGUCAAAGCUUGUCGAGCGAGUCCAUCUCUGGUUCUACCUUGACACACUCACCCACGCAGGCAUCGCCGUCACACUACUUUACAUCGCAGCAAGUACCUCCAUCUCCGUCUGUAUACUCUGCAAUCGCCGACGCGUUGGAUGAUGAUCCAAAGCUCCUUGAAGUACGUUCACAUGCUGUGGAUUUACCUUCAAGACCAGAAGCAGUGCGUCUUGCCCACCAAUUUCAUGCAGGAUCCUCUCGACCUCCAAAUUUGCUUUCAAACCUUGCUCGUUCGACACUACCAACAGCUGGUCUGUCACCUCCAUCAAUAUACUCUACCAAAUACUCGGAUCCAUUUGAGGACCCAUUCAAGCGUCCUGAGCAUAAUCCCGACCUAGACAUACUGUAUAGCCCAACACCCUCACCAGUUGCGAUGCCUCCUUCACCUGCACCAGCCCAUUUACCACAAUCACCCCCGACCUUGUCGCUGUCACCCACCCGGACGUCCAUAGACUCUCUACGUUCGAUACAAGAGCGAGGAACUAGAGCCAUACAUACGACUACGCCAUCUCAACGAUUGACUCUUCCGAAUCUGUCUAACCCGUUGAAGGGCUGGUUCGCCUCAGACGAUAGUAAAGAAAACAUGGACCCCUUCUUAAGUGAAGAAGACAGGGCACCCACCGCGGAAGCUCAGAAACAGCGCAUUCGUGAAAAUUAUGCGGCUCCCAAAAAUCCUGUUGUCUUCUGUCAUGGGCUCCUCGGGUUCGAUACGGUCACUGUUGGUCCUUCAAUUGCCCCAGUCCAAGUUUCGCAUUGGCGAGGUAUCAAAGAUGCGCUUGAAGCAAACGGAGUCGAGGUCCUCAUCACACGAGUCCCUGCAACAAGCACCCCGAUCGUGCGUGCUAAGGUACUGGAGGAGAAGAUUAGUGCUGCAUAUCCAGGUCGUAGCGUUCAUCUCAUAGGACACAGCAUGGGUGGACUCGACUGCAGGUACCUAACAACUCACCUCACCCACCGUACCUUCAAAGUCCUCUCCAUUACCACUAUAUCUUCACCACACCACGGAUCCUCAUUCGCCGAUCACUUUCUCAAGACUGUCGGACAUGAACGAAUGCCUUCUAUCCUUUCACUGUUAGAUAUGUUACCCAAUGGUGGAGGCGAUGGAAAGGCUUUUCAGUUCUUGACUGUAGAGAAUAUGCGGAAAUUUAAUGAGGCGACGCCGGAUGUACAUGACGUCAAGUAUUUUUCGUGGGGUGCAACUUACGAACCUGGGUUGAUCGAUACUUGGAAGUGGUCACAUUCGGUGAUCUUGGAGAAAGAAGGUCCGAAUGAUGGUCUAGUCUCACUCGAGUCUGCUAAAUGGGGCACGUAUCUCGGCACACUCGAAGGUGUAAACCACCUCGAUCUCGUCGGCUGGGUAAAUACCGCACGAUAUAAAUGGGCCGAAAUCAUGGGUCGCGAGAUCAAGUUCAAACCGGCGACGUUUUAUUUAGGCAUCGCAGACCACCUGGCAAGAGUCGUCGAAGGUCAAGAAGCACCUCAGGAACCCGAAGCUUUGGAGGGAUCAGAACUUAGUGAGACUGCGAGCUUGGAGGAACGAGAAGAGGUAGAAGAGAUCAGGAGGGAAACUGAGCGCUUAGAGAUGGUUGAGAGUUUGAGGAAGGGUGAAGAGGAGGAGAGGGAGAAGAUGAAUGGGAAUGGGAAGAGUAAGAGGAAAGUUGGUGGGGAGCAUGAUGGGAAUGCCGGACAGUCCUCGUCGUCAUCAUGAUGAUGUCCGAAGUUUGUCCACAUUGACUAUGAGAGAUGUCCUGUCUUAGAUGAUUCAUUAAUAAUUCUGGCAUUGCUAUACCCUUGUAGUACAUAGCUAUCAUGUAUAAUGUGUAUAUAAUCGUUAAUAUUGUCGACGAACACUUCACAUUCUUCAUAGCGGGUGCAACCCCAAGUGCUCUAUUAAAGACCUUCUCGUCGCACCGUACACCAAAUGUCUCCGGUCGCUGGACGGCUCGUAGCAACAAUCUAUGUUGCCCAUCGUAAGUGGACAAACAGUGAACAUGUCGGCUGCACUAGCCCAACCAGCUUCGACUGCCCUCGGAGUCCUUGGCGGGGUCGAAGAAUUUCGACUCUUACCACUCUUAGCAUAUGCAUUCCAA